AUGUCGUACGCCGUCGAGUCCAAGAAGCGCAAAUUUCAUCGCGUGUUGGAAUCCAUUUCAAAGCCCCUCACGACCGAAAAUGCCUCGAAAGCAUCCACCACAGGGCCCGCCACUCCGGCCCAAGACCGCAUUCCAGCCAAUCUCUCGAUCAAGAAGGUCCGGCUAAGCAGCAACGACACAUCCGAUUUUGCAGCUGUGCGCAACUCUAUCCUCAAGACCUCCGGACUCGCAAGUCGAACUGCAUCCCCUUCAACGACUACGCGCCCCACUUUCGCCCCUUGGGAUCGUGAACGAUUCCUCGAACGCCUGGAAACCUUCCGUCGCGUCGACAGAUGGACCUCGAAACCUGCUCCAAUAAAUGAAGUUCAGUGGGCGAAGCGAGGAUGGAUCUGCACUGAUGUGAUGCGAGUCAGUUGCAUCAGUGGCUGCGGCGGUUCGGUGGUGGUCAAGCUUCCGGAUGAGAUUGAUGAGCUUGAUGGAUUUGAUAUGGAGAAAGUUCAAGAGAGGAAGGAAGUCCGCGCAAAAUUAGUUGAAGAAUAUCAGAAGCAAAUCAUAGAAGGGCAUGGCGAGAAUUGCCCAUGGAGGAACAGGGGAUGUGAUGCUACAAUACAACAUCUUCCUUUAACCAAUACAGAGACAGCCAUAUCUGGUCUUCGAAGUCGCUAUCUUCAUCUUGCUGAGUUGGGUGACAAAUUACCAUCUCAUGACAGCAUCCAGACCCCAGAUGGCUUUGAUAUUGACAUUCUGAUGAAAUCCCUACCAUUAGACUGGUUCAAAGAGUCGAACCAAGCCUCGGGGACUCUUAACCCACCUCCCGAGGCCGACGGGGACACCAAUGAAACCGCUCCACAGCCAGCGGCCGAGUCCCCGCAAAUCAUCAACCAGGCAGCCCUUGCCAUGGCAUUCUUUGGCUGGGACUCAACCCUCGGUGGUUCCAAAGACCUAGCUGCAUGCAGGGCCUGCUUCCGCCGCCUCGGCCUUUGGAUGUACAAACCAAAGGAGAACGGCGAAGUCUCUGUGUACACAUCUCUAGAUGCAACCACAGAGCACAUGGACUACUGUCCAUGGAUUGACCGGUCAGCCCAGAGCGGGACCGGCAAAGCGAAUGAAAAGAUUGCCAAUCUACGCUGUGGAUGGGAAAUCGUUGCCGAGGCUGUCAAGGUGAAACACCGCAGACGAGUACGUUCUAUGGCCUCGGUAGAUACCCUUCGUACAGAAGCAAGCACUCCCUCUGCAGAGACACCCAGUGAGGAGGGUGCUGGGGAUGAAGAGACGAAAAAGGCCGCGGACCGUGAGUGGUGGGCCAAGAUUCGUCGCAUGAGGCAGCUUUUGACCCAUAAGUCUCCUCGGCGCAAGCCUAAUCAUCCCAAGUGA